AUGUGUCCACCAAGUAUCGUCCUUUGUUUCGCAUUUCUGCUUGUUGCUUCGUUCUCGGAAUCUCAGGAAGAUUUUACGAAUGGCGAUGAGCAGAGCGACAACUCGACAGUGCAGUUUGAUUCUCUCGUAAAUUCUACGAAAUAUCGAAAUAAAAAAAUGGAACUAACACGGUGCAACUCACACGAAAAUUCUAUUAAGAAUGAGAAUGAAAUGCAGUAUGAAUCCUGUAUUAAUUCUACAAAGAAUAAUUACAAGAAUGACUCGGUGCGAUACGAGUCUCGUGAACAAGUAAUAAAAAAUCACGAAGACAAUAAUCAGACAUCUAUGGAGUUCUGUACGAAUUCGACAGAUAUCAAUAAUUUCACGUUACAAGAAAUUAAUAAAAAUCUCAUCAAAAUUGAAGACAAGAAAAAUUUCGAUGUUCAUUAUUCAUCACAUACAAUAACUAAAACUACCUUUGUUAAAUAUGAAAAUUGCAAUAAUAUUACUUGCAUACAACUCUGUUGUCCUUUUGGUCAGAACUUGACCAAAGUAAAGGGACAAUGCAUCGAUCAUGGAAAGAAUAAUUACGUUCUUCCAAACAUGUACAUACUUUCAAACAAACACGGAAAUGAUUCCGAAGAUGAAACAAUCAACGAAAUAUUUGUUACUGUUCGCGAUCCAUGCGUUGAAAAAAAACGUGGUCGCGAAUUUAUUUUUGCCAAUACAUACUUGUUUCUCACCAAUGGCUCCUUGUUCACGUCUACUAGCGAAUUCAUUUCACCAAAGUCUUAUUGCUUUGCCAUUUUGUCUCGGGACGUAUAUGACGUGUUCAUCUGCAAUUAUAUGACUAAACUUCCAGUAUACGUAUCCGCAUGCCUCCUAGUGUCUUUGCCGUUCCUGCUGUUGACGUUCAUAAUAUAUUCCAUAUUGCCAGAACUUCAAAAUAUGCAUGGUUAUACAUUGCGUGCAUACGUGGGAUCAUUAUUCAUCACAGACGCGAUUAUGUAUUAUAGACAACAAGAUACUGAAUUAGCUCAAGCGGACUAUUGCGUUGUACUAGCAUAUAUCUUCAACUUCUUCUUUUUGUCGAGUUUUUUUUGGCUAAAUGUAACAUACUUCGAUAUUUGGUGGACAUUUAGGUGAGUAAUAUGU